GCAGUACCUGGAGAUUUUAACCAACGUUUACAUCGUGUUGUUCGCGUAAAAAACGCCCUGGAUAAUUUUUUUUUUAUUAAUAAUAAUUAAUAAUUUUAUUAAAUAGCAACAGUGUUUAAUAUCUACCAGUUAAAAUUAUACCUCAAAUUAAUAUCAAACAAUUUAAAACAAUAAUAAUGUGAUUUAUUCAAAAAAAAAAACAAAAAAGUUAUUUUAUUUUUCUAUAAUAAUAGUUGAAUUAAAAAAUAAUAAAACAAAUUAAUAUUUAUAAUAAAAAAAUUAUAUUUAUUUUUAAUCAGUAUCUAUCUGUGUUAAUAAAAUUAUCAAUUAAUUUUUUUUUAUAAUUAUUAUGACCAUAUAUAAAUAAGCCAAUUUUCAAGGAAAUAUUUGGUUUUUUUUUUUUUUAAACAAAAGGAAUAUUUUUCUAGUGUUUAAAUAUGACUCCAUCGAUUAUUCUGAGUAUAAACUUGACCGGACAUACGUGCUUACAGUUUCGUUUUUCAUCACCGGGAUAAAUGUAUAUAUUUUUUUUUUUUUUUGAUUAGUUAACAAAAGAGUAUCUACUUGUUUAUUAAAUUAAAUUUUUUUAUUUGUAAAAAAAUUUUUUUAUUUUCGUUGUACAAUUCAAUCACUUUACGUGAAUAUUUAUAUAAUAGUAAUAAUAAUAUUAAAAAAUAUUAAAUAUGUGUAAACAUAAGUACACAUAUUUACAAUUCUGGUUUGUCGAGAAUAUCUUGAACCAAGAAUAAAUUGAGUGCGCGUUGUGGCGUGUCAGCUAAUCGAUCGUCUCUUCAGCACAAUAAACGGGAUAUAUAUAAAUUAUUAUUAUAACAUUUUUUAUUAUAAUAUUAUUUUUUUUUUUUUUUUUAUUAAACUUUAUUUUCCACUUCACCCAGAGGUGAAGUCACUCGAAGAAGAUGAGCCACUUUGACUGGAAGCUGUUGCGUCGAAAGAAGGUAAUUCCAGUUGAAAAAAGAUUUGUUAAUGGUGAAAAAGAUGAAACAUGGAGUUUAGCAUCUGAUCAACCAUUUAAAGAUAAUAUUGAUGAUUGUCAUGAUGAUGAUAAAAUAAAUAAUAAUAAUAAUAAAAAAGAUGAUGAGGAGGAGUUUGUUGAUGCAUUGGAUAUUUGUCGUGGAGGAGAAGGACGUCAAUCUCGUACAAAAAAAGUAAAAAAUUAUUUACGUAAAUGUAAAGGUGCAUUGACAUCAUCAGGAUCAUCAACAUCACGUGAUGAUUCAACAAAUUCACAUACAAUUAAUCGUAAUAAAAAUAUACAAUAUAAUAAAAAUAAUAAAAAAAUAAAUAACAAUCGUUCAUCAUCAUCAUCAGCAGUGGCAUCAUCAUCAUCUUGGUAUAUUGAUGAUAAAAAAAUUGAAAUAAUUGAUAUAAGCAGUAUUAAAUCAAAUGAAUUAAAUAGUAAUAAAAAAACAAUUAUACGUACAACAUCAUUGACAAGAAAUAUUGAUGAUAAUAUAAAAAAAAAAUUAAUUAAAUCACCAAAAAAAUUUGGCUCAGAAAGUCUACUUGAUUCAAUUGAUAAUAAUGAUUUAAAUAAUGAAUUAAAUAACACAAAAAUAACAAAUUUAAUUAAUAAUAAUACACAAAAUAUUAUUAAUAAUAAUCAAGUUAAUUAUAAUCCAAUAAAAAAUGAUAAAAAUAAUGAUAAUAAUGAUAUUAAAAAUCAAAAAAUAAUACCAGUUUAUCAGCAUCAAUUAAAUGUUCGUGGUGAUGUUGCAUCACUUGUACGUAGUUUAUUGGGUCCAAUUUAUGGUGAAUAUGUUUUGGAUCCAUUGACAAAACAAGCACGUGAUAUACUUGUUUGUGCUUAUCAUGGAAAUAUUGAAAUUUUUGUUGAAUCAUACUUAUCACCAGCAGCAAAUUUACUUGCUAAAAUUAAACAACAAGUCAUUGAAAAGGAUGAUGAUUCAUUGGUGCCUUAUGGUUGGCCAUUGACAUUGUCAGAUAAAGCAUUGGUAGUUCAACUUGGUGAGCUAGAAUCAUCUUCAUUGAGACAAGGGGAAUCUUAUCUAUGUGUACGUAGUAAAAAUCAACUUAAUAACAAGGAUAAACAACAAGAAAGUGUCAUCGAUAUCGUUGAGAUUGCCUUGAUUUGGCGUUCGUCAAUGCGUACUCCUGGUGUAUUUGAUUGUCGAAUUGAUAUACCAAAAAAAUCACCAAUACGUCGUAGACGUAAAAAAUCAACAAACGAUACGAAUGUAUUAUCAUCACAAAAACAAUCAUCAUCUACAUCAUCAAAUACUGAUGAUAAAAUAAAAAUGAAAUAUAAUGAAAAUAAUAAUACAAAUAGACACAAAGAAGAAACCCAAAUAAAUAUUGAAAAUUUAUGUAAACCAAUAUAUCUUGAAUCAAUGAUUAAUAAUAAUAAUAAUACAAAAUUAAUAAAUAUUAAUGAUAAUACAAAUGAUGAUAUUGUUAGCUUAAUAAGUACAUUAUUAGUUACUGUUGAGAGAAAAAUUGAAAAAAUUAGUAUGGAUGAUUUGAUAUUUCCUUGUCCAGCAUGUAGAAAUAUUGAUACUGAUGAUCCAUUAAUUGGCUGUAAAUGUAUUGAUGAUAAUCAUUCGAUAAAUCAUCAUGAUGAUAAUUGUCAUUGUAAUAUUGAUAAUACAUCUAAAACAUUUGAAGUUGAUGGAUUUAAACAUAUUGAUAGUGAUGAUGAAGAAGAAGUUAGAAUGGCUUUUGGUACAAAAAAACGAGAUGAGGAAGUAUCACCUCCAAGAACUAUUCACGAUAUAUCUGAACGUGUAUUAAAUUGUGGUCUACGUUUACCAGGCUAUGCUGACGAUGCAAGUGGUAGACUUGUACUUGAGUUUGAAAAUAAUUCACAAGAUGCAAAAGAAAAAAUUUGCCCGAGGGAAAUUGCAUCAUACCUCUUGUAUCUUGCCCGACUUCACAGUUCUGAUAGAACAAAAAAUGGAUGGACUCUUGUUAUUCGUGGUGGUAAUGAUCAAGAUUUAGAUACACUUGAUUGUGCAUUAUUACUUGUACAAGAUCGUGUUCACGUGAGACAAGCACUUUUACUUGAAAAUGAUACACUUAAAUUUCAAGAUAAUCAAUUUCCACGUAGCAGUGUCAAGAUCACGAGUGUUGAUGAUGACUGCCUCAGUAGGAGGUUCCCAAGACGAAGGGAUGAUUGCUACGAUCAGAAGCACUGGAUUGCAUUUUACAAGGAAUAUGACAGUAUAAUGUCAGAAUGGCAAUCUUGGGGACGUCGUUUAAUAAUGGAAAUGUCAGAGUUAAAAGAAAAUAAAAAAAAUAAUUCAUUGACACAAUUUAGUAGAUUAUUAAAUGAAACAACAAAAAUAAAAACAAAUCGUGAAGCAAAUGAGUGUAUAUCAUGUCUUGAUGAACAUGCAUUACCAUUAUCACAUUUGGAUUAUGUUGAAAAUUCAUUGAAACGUGCACGUAAACUUAUUGAAGAAGUUGAAAAUACAGCAGUACGUCUUGAAAAUUCAUUUGAAACACGACGUGCAACAAUAAGAAAUUUAGCUGUAUUACGUACAAUUAAAGAACAAUCAAAUGAAGUACUUUCUUGGUUUUGUAAAAAAGGAGAAGAUAUUCUUGCUAAAUAUGCAAGACAUUCACCGACAACCCUUGCUGCUGCACGUCAACACGAACGUGAUUUUGAAAAAUUUUAUUUUGCAUCAAUGAGACAUUUGGAUAAAGGUAGUGAUCUUGCUGAGGCUGCUGGUACAUCUGGUCUUGAUGAUUUAUCAAAUAAUUUACGUGAUCAUUUACGUGAUUUUGGUAUACGUCUUGAGGAUCGUCGUGAAUAUCUUGAAGAUACAACACGUUGUUAUUUAUUACAAGAACGUACACAAGAAUGGAUUAUUGAAGCUGAAAAAGUAUUAGAACGUAUAUCAAAUCAAAAAUAUUUUGGUAUACGUCCACCAAUACCAUUACCAAAUGAACAUUUUAAUGAAAUGUUAACAAUUGCUGAUAAAAUUGGUAAUGAAUUAAUAAUUGAUAAAUGUAAAAAUAUACGUGAUAAAUACAAUAAUAUUGUAUUAUUAAUACGUGGUAAUAAUAGUAAUGAUAGUCCAUCAAGUCGUCGUAGAUCAUUUGCAACAUCUGAAUCAGCUGCUGAAUCAAAUUCAUGGGAUGACAGUGAUUCAAAUACUGGAUCAUGUGAAUUAAAAAAUACAUUAUUAAAUAAUAAUAAUAAUAUUAACAAUAAUAAUAAUACAAUAAUAAAUGAUUCACGUACACCAAUACUUGAUAAUAUUGAUGAAUUAAAUGAAACAAAAAUAAAUGAUAAUAAUAAUAAAAAUAUUAUUGAUAAAUCAUCAUCAUCAAGUCCAAUUAUAAAUAAUAAUCGUAGAUUUUUAAAACCACCAGUUAAUUCACAUUUACAAAGAUCAUCAAGUAUACCAACACCUGGUAUGAAAGUUAAAAAAACAAUAAUAUUAAUUAUGAGAGAAAUGAUACAGACUGAAAGAGAUUAUGUUAAAUCACUUGAAUAUAUUAUUGAAAAUUAUAUACCAGAACUUGUUAGAGAUGAUAUACCACAAGCAAUGAGAGGACAAAGAAAUGUUAUAUUUGGUAAUGUUGAAAAAAUAUAUGAAUUUCAUAGUCAACAUUUUUUACGUGAAUUAGAACAAUGUGAACAUUGUCCAAUGAUGGUUGGACAAUGUUUUUUAAGACAUGAAAAUAAAUUUUAUUUAUAUGCAUUGUAUAAUAAAAAUAAGCCAAAUUCUGAUUCUCUAAUGGCUGAAUAUGGUACGUCAUUUUUUAAAACAAAACAACUUGAGUUAAAUGAUAAAAUGGAUUUAGCAAGUUAUUUAUUAAAACCAGUACAAAGAAUGGGAAAAUAUGCAUUGUUAUUACAACAAUUGGUUAAAGCUGGUACUGAUUUAUCAGAAAGUAUUGAUAAUAAUAAUGAUCAUGAUGAUAAAACAGAUUCAAAUGAUAAAAAUAAUGAUGGUGUUAAACGUAUGGUUGAGGGUGAAGCUGAUUUAAGAGAUGCUGAACAGAUGGUACGAUUUCAAUUACGUCAUGGUAAUGAUUUACUUGCUAUGGAUUCAUUGAGAGAUUGUGAUGUCAAUGUCAAGGAACAAGGACGUUUAUUACGACAAAAUGAAUUUUUAGUUUGGCAAGGAAAAGGAAAAAAAUGUCUUCGUCAAGUUUUUUUAUUUGAAGAUUUAAUAUUAUUCAGUAAAGCAAGACGUUUUCCUGAUAGAAAGAAUUUAGAUAUUUAUAUUUAUAAACACAGUAUAAAAACAACAGAUAUUGGAUUAACAGCUGUUAUGGCUGAUUCACCAACAAAAUUCGAAAUAUGGUUUAGAAAAAGAAAACCAGGUGAUACAUAUACACUACAAUGUGCAAGUGAAGAUAUUAAAAAAUCAUGGACUGAAGAAUUAAGUAAUUUACUAUGGAAACAGGCGCUUCGUAAUCGAGAAGUGCGCCUUGCUGAAAUGUCAAGUAUGGGAAUUGGCAAUAAACCUUGUCUUGAUAUAAGACCAAGUGCUGAUCAAAUAAAUGAUCGUUCAAUAAGCGUUGCACAAUUAUCAAAAACACCAAGAUUUAGAAAUUCAAUAGCAGUAUCAAUAUCAGAUGAAUCAAGUCGUUCAACAAGAAGACCACACAGUGUUAUAUCAGUUAGUUCAUCAUCAAGUAGUGGUGGUAGUAGUGGUGGUGGUGGUCAACAAACAACAUUACAUCUUGGACUUGAUGCUAGUCCACGUCUUCAUCAUCGUAGUACAACACUAAACAGUCAAUGUAGUGUUGAAAGUGGAAUAAUUGCUGAUAUAUCAAUAGUAUCAGACGACGGCUGUGCUGAUACAAGUGAAAGAAAUAAUUGGAAAUCUACAUUAGAAAGUUCAACGUCAUCAAAUACACCAAACAAUACAUCAACACCUCUUAAAAAUUCAACAACAACAAAUCCACCAACUGCAUCAUCAUCCUCAUCAUCAUCAUCGUCAUCAUCAUCAUCACCAUCAUCAUCAAGUGAUGUUAAUUUAACACCUUAUGAUCAAGACAUGUCCAUUAAUUUGUAAAUUAGAAAACAAAGUCUUUUCAAUAAAAAUUAGCAUCGAAUUUAAUUUAAAAAAAAAAAAUUCACAAUUAAAAUUAUAAUAUAAAUGAAAGUAAGAUUUAAAAUUAUAAUUAUAAUAAUAAUUAGUAGCUCUGACACUGGCCUGUAAGCGCAAAAGCCAAAUAUUUUAAUUAUUUUAUUUGGAUAUAUUUUAUUUGUAUUAUUUUUUAUUUUUUAUAUUCUUUUUUUUUCGUUUAGAAACGUUCAAAGUUUCGAAAUGUUUUAGAGUGGCUUGACGUUAUUGUUAAUUAAAUAAUAAUAAUAAUAAUAAUAAUUGACAAAUAUUAUUAUUAUUAUUAUUGAUAAUGUAAAAAAAUAAAUUUUAUGGAAAUAAUAAACUUUAAGCCAGUCUCAAGACUAACAUACACACACAAUUGACUUACUGAUGGAAAAAAAAAAUUGAAAUUAAUUGGAAUGAAAAAAAAAGAAAUUAAAUUUGUAAAUUUUUUUUUUUUUUGUUUAUAAAUUGCGAAAGGUUAUUAUCAUGUAAGUCAUUAUAAAUUGUGGCCUUCAAUUGUCAAGGUUUUCUGCCAAGGUAUUGCCAGUGAUAUCUUGUUGACA